ACUCCCUCACGCAGCCUCGCUGGCGCGCACAACCGUCAGGAACGACGUCCUGUCCGCCACCGCGCCCCCUCCCCGGGACGGCGGCGCCGGGAACGUCAUGGGGUGAAGCGCGCCGGGCUUGUCGCAGGGGUACGGCGUCGUCAGGACCUCGAGCACGCCCGCCGUGGGCGUCACGAGCCGGAAGCACAUGGCGUCCGUGGUUUCCGCCGCCGUCGCCGUCGACGUCGGGCAGGGCAGCGGCAUCCAGACCGUCGUGUGGAUUCCCCGCGUGAGCGAGAUCUUUGUCGAGCCGCACACCGCGCUCGGCUCCACGGCUCCGGCCGCCGCCGAGCAGGGGAGCGGCAUCCAGAACGUCGUGUGGAUGCCGCGUGUGAGCGAGAUCUUGGUUGAGCCGCAGACCGGGUCGGAGGGCGAGCUGGAGGCCGCCGCCGUCGAGAUCUCGUGGUUGUGCAUGGCCGCCUCGCGCAUGCCCUCAAAGGUCAUGGGCGCACUGGUGGUGGUGGAGGUGGUGCUGCUGCUGCUCGGCUUGCGCUUUGGGAACAUCGAGGUAGGGUACGGCCGGGCCGACUCGUCAAAGGUCGGCGUGGGGAACGUCACCUCCCGGCUGGUCGUGGUGAGGGUGCUGAGCGACCAGGUGGUACCGGUAAAGUCGUACGGGGUCUGCGGGGUCGAUGGGGAAGUCGUCGAACUGGUGAGCUCGCUGCACGGUACUGGCACCGCCACAGUCGUGUGCGUGAGGACCACGGUCUGGUCGCACAUUGGUGUUCCGGGAAAGUUGCUCAUAGUGCUCGUCAGGGCAUCGCGGCGCGCUGCCGUUGCGGACGCGGCAGGAGUAGGUGUGACGGGUGGUAGCGCGAUCGGGUUGGUGUCGGAAGAUCCGACGUUAGAACGUGCCAGGACGGCCGCCGCCCAGACAGGGGCCAGAGCCGCGAUAGAGAACUGGAGGCAUUGGGUUAUUCGUAGUCCGUCAUUUGUGUGCUGCCCGGAGAGUUGAGGCUAGGGAGUAUAACUUACCUUCAUUGAUGCGACUUGCUCCUGCAGAUAACUGGCCUAGAAGGAGGGAGCAGAGCUUUUUUAAUGGUGCGACAGCGAUGCUGGAAUUCCGUGGGAGGGAAGAGCGAGUGGGUAGGCACAGUUAGAGCUUUGACGAGCGCCCACAAAGGGCAAGGAAAGUGGAUAGCUGGGUACCGUGCAAGGUUGAGUGACGAGGGUUUUGCGGCGAGGGAAGUGAAUGGGUUGGCAAGACCCAUGCGGCGGGGCUUUGGGCCGAAGUUUGUGCGGGAGGAGCGCGGUUGAGAGGAGAGCAGAGGCCAUGUCUCGCACGGCUGCCAUCUGUGUAACUUGCACCGAGUUUAUGCCUGUGACCGCAGUCUGACCGAGAUCUGAGGGAGGGAGCGGGAUCUGGUUGACGGUGGUCUGCAUGGCCGUGUUACAGAGUCCACCAUAAUAAAGCCAGGCACAGUCUCAUACUUG